AUGUCGCUGGACUUAAUGGAUUCUCUUGAUGUUCGGUUAAAAGCUUUAGGCCAGAAGGUGUCCCGUCUAGAAAUAGCGGCGAAGGAAGCUGUCACCAACCGUGAUGCGAGAGCUGUCGCACGUGAGGCUGAGGCUGCAUUCAUUGCAGAAAAAGAACGUUCUGAAAAAUCGCUACUAGCACAAUGGCUCCAGGGCUUUGCGCAUAGCCUCUACAAAGGGCCUAGCACAUCGGGUCUCGAAUUUGCGUUAGAGGUUGGACUUGGUCUGGAUGCAAUUGACUUUGCCUUUUGUCGCUACGCGCUCAAUUUUCGCGAGUUCCGCAAGUACUGGUUGGCAUCGUUGACGGUGCUAAUACUGCGAUGGCAACUCGCCGCGCCAAUAAAUGCCCUUUCUGAUGCGGCAGCCCUAGUCUGUGGACCAUCCCUCAUGGCGCUUACGCACCUCGCCCAAAAGGAUGGUCCCGCACGAGCUGCGAUAGCCGAGGCGCAAGACUGUGCGUGCCACGCGAUUGGAGCGUUGGCAUUGCUCGCAGAGAAUCGGAUACGAAUUGCCGCGGCCAAUGGCAUAAGCAUUCUUGUGAAGCUGUUGAGUAUGGCACGCCCGCCGCCUAUACUUGCAGCAGAUGCCGCUAAUGACCUAGUUUGCGCCUCAUCUGUAUACAGAGUGCCAAAAGAUGCAAAUGAAGACCUUCGAGUGACUGAGGCUGUUCAGGAAGCUGCAUUGGUCGCAUUCACAAACCUUACGAACUCAUCGGAAGCAAAUCGGCAGCUUGUCGCCGAAUUGGGUGGCGUGACUCCAAUGGUGGUUUGUGCUCUCUUUGCUCGCGGUGGCGCUCCCGUGCGAAAUGCUGCACAGGCAAUAGCUAAUGUAGCAUAUGGUUCGAAUUUUGCUGUGGCAAAAUGCUUGAUGGCACGGGCCGAUGUUGCAAUGUGCUCUGCCAUAAGUGCCGUUGACCUUCUCUGCGAGGACAGCCUGCUCGAGGCAGCGUAG